AUGGGUAAAAAUACAUCCUUUGUAAAUGCAAAGCCAGUACCAUUUUUGAUUUUGCUGGUAGCAGUAGAAAAAGAAAAGUUGAGUGAUGAUGUUGCCAAGCACAGUGCUAGUGAUGAUAGUGAAGAGAGCGAAGAUAGUGAAAGAAACAAUGAUGAUGGGGAUAAUGAUCCCUUGUCCAUGCCAUCUCUUUCAAGGUUCAUUUCUGUGAAGCGCGGUGUUGGAUAUUGUGCCUAUAUUAGAGAGAAAAGACUGAAGAAAAAUGAACAAGAUGAGCGACAGCACGAGCAAGUGAAUGUGGACCUUCGUGAAUCAAAGAGCAAUGAAGAAGGAGAAAAAAAGAGCAAAAUGGAUGAGUUGGCCUCUGUUAUGGAGGGAGAGAAAAAACAAGAAGAAAAGAAGGAUGAAGAAGAAGAAGAAGAAAGUCCAAAAGAAGCAGCUGUAGAAGCAGAAGAAGAAGCUGAAAAAGAAACAACAGUAGAUGUUGAGAAAAAAAGAGAAGAAGGUGAAGAAGCACCAGCCGAAGAAAGUCCAAAAGAAACAGUUGUAGAAGCAGAAGAAGAAGCUGAAAAAGAAGCAACAAUAGAUGUUGAGAAAAAAGGAGAAGAAGGUGAAAAAACACCAGUCGAAGAAACACCAGCUACUGUAGCUGCUGAAAUAAAAGGAGAAGAAGGCGAGCAUGAAGAAGCAGCUGCAGCUGCUAAGAAAAAAAGAGCUGAAGCUGAACAAAAAGAUGUGGUCAUGGAUAUCGUAGGUUAA